CUCGGCAGGAAUUUUGAUGAGCCUGGGUGCGAGGCUAGACUGUUACCGCUCAGCCUCUCUCAGUUCAUCCUUGUGUGUGUGUGUGUAUGUGUGUGUGUGAGGCGGCGGCGAGGAGGCUAAGCACUAGUGGUCCAAUUGAACAUGUGAAUAACAGGAAUAUACGCCAACCAACCCACCAUGCCUCUCUCGUGAGCCUGUCCAGCCCCCCACUACUUCCUUCCUCCACUCAGCGGUGCCCUGGGAUAUUUAUUUACCUUUAUUUAUUCUUUUUGUUUUGAUGCGGCUAGUCCGUGAAGACUCAGGAGGAAAGAUGGCUGACCAAGUUGUGACAGCACAGAAGCCUGCAUGAUUAGGACUUCAGUUAAACGUGUAAUCCUAACUAGCUAUGAAGUGACAUCAAUAGGAGGUCAUGAGCGCCUCGCAUCAAGCAAGAGCGGCUGGAUGAUCGAGAGAUCAACCAGCUUGCUAUUGAAAUGGCAGAAAAGAACAAGCAAAAAAUGAUAUCCCAGGCUGCACAGAUUGCCCAGCAGACACAAGCAUCACAGCAGGCACUCCAGCGUGCUGGUGGCCAGCAGAUGAUCACAUUCUACUUCAAUCGGGAGAAGAACAAGGAACGCACCAGCGACGACUCUAUCCUCCCAAAGAAAAUGGACGAGAAGAAGAAGGGCACCAUUGAUGAGGAGAGCGUGCGGGGACGGUUUGGCUGGUCCACCAUCCACAACGCUCACAUCCCCUACGUGUUCCGGCGCGAGGAUAAGUACUGUGCCGUGCGAAUGGUGGAGACCAAGCUAUUGAACAAGUACCUGAGUUACCUGCCCCAUGAGAUCACCACCUGCAUCCACGUGCGGAGCUACUUCAUCACUGAGGGCGAGGCCAAGCUCCUCAAUGAGAUCAACAUGAAGCACUGCGAGUUCCAGUUUGGCCGGGAUCUCUUCACCACCAAGGACCUCGUGGUGAGGCUACAGGACGCGCGGUGCUUUUAUAAGUUCCUAGACACGUGCUUUAAGAAACUGGUGCAGAAAUCUCCUGAGCAGAGUGAACAUUGCGGGUUUGUGCGCAUCAACGGGGAGAGUGUUGUGCCGUACACAGUGAAAGAAGGAAAGAAAUACGUGCCACUCUUCUAUUUUGAGGGUGAGACGGACACCCUAAAGCUAAAAGCCGAGAAAGUGGAUAAUUGGGAACUAGCAUACCUCAAGUUCUGCUGUAAAGUGCAGGGCAUCAGGAAUGAGUUGUUUGCGAGUGAUACAUGUGCUGUGGUGAGCCUUGAGGAUGUACAACAAUACUUCCCCAAAGACACCCAGUUUGAGGACUGGUGGCCACAGAAAACAGCUGAGCCCAUGAAGGUGGCCAGCCAUGGCACCAAGCCUGGGGGCAUGUGGACCCAGCGGCCCCCUGGUGGCUCUCCGGGUGGAGUGACACAGUCUACCCUCGGGUCAUCAUUGUCCCCGUUGUCCAGUAAACAGCAACCACCGCCAGUAGUGACAACUGUGACCAACCACGCAGCUGUGCCAGCCUCAGUGGGAGUGACAGCUGGCACCACCAACUCACUGGCCUCCCUCACCAGCUCCCUCAACAACAUCAACUCUCUCAACAACCUGUACUCCCAGUGGGCGACGCUGGUGAAUGGGCAGGCACAGGCAGCGUUGGCGUACUCUGGUGCUUCCAACAUGCAGGCACUCCUCUCAGGCCUCACUAGUGAGCAAAUGAGGCGGUUGCAGCCCCAGGUCUCCCUCCCAGCCUCCACACCAUUAAUUCCCACCAUCACGGCGGCCCAAAGUGGGGUGCGGCCACCUCCACUCGUCCGGUCGUCAGCAACCAUUAGUGACGUGUCCUCAACAUCUACCUCUUCCAGUAGUCGUCUAUCGAGUAGCAGCAUUGACGCCACCUUGCGUCAGUUAGGGUAUUCCACAGCACAGCUUAACCAGUCAGCGUUAAACUCGUUAGUCAAUAUUGGCAACCCCACUAUGCAUUCUUAUAAUACCCGGCAGUCAGCCAAUGCGCACCAUAACUCUACACCAAACAGCUCAAAAUCUCUGUCAAAAGCCCCUCCACCGCUCAUACCGGUGGCAAACGGCCUGCGGCCUGACAACCUGUCUAGUCACAAAGGCGUAGGAAGAAACGGCCUUGACAAACAGCGGCUCGUGGACACUCCAGCGUUCAGGCCGGAUCCCACCAGACAAGAGCCGCCUUAUAAAGUUCGGAAGAUGGUAAUGGACGGGAAGGGCGUUCUGUGCAUCAACAGGACGGCGUAUACCCACCAGAGCUCUUCAGACUUUAACAUGGUGGCUCUCCAGGACGUCAUAAAAGACUUCUUCCCGGCAGCCACGCUAUCAGAGUGCAUCGAGGUGUUCCAGAAUGUCCUCAACGUUACUGUAUACAAAGCCAACUGGCACCAAGUCAACACACUAAUGAACGCCUGGGGCAGUGUUGUGGCGCCAGACAUUGUGCCACUCAUAUUCACGACGGACCUUGUCACAUAUCUCUCUCAAAUAAAGUACAUAUUUCAGCGCCACAACACUCUCGGCCAGUCUCAGUCCAAACGCAUUCGGACCACUUGAUGGUUGGACGGGCUGUAGUGCUUCUUGGAACAUUAUUGACUGUAAAGCUCAUUCGUGGAUGAGAGUGGAUAAUUAUACCCAGUUCAAACUUGGCCAUGUCAUAUUAUUAUUAUUAUUGUUAUUAUUGCAACAUCUCUGGGAAACAGUGAAUGGUGGAAAGAAAUCGUGUUGAAAGUCUGUUGUCCAGAGUGGAAAGUUAGUGUCACUGGAAAAUGCCAUCAGAAAAGUUUCUUCAGUGCUCAUCACGUGUGAAGUCAUGUGGCUGCAUUUGGUGUUUGAAAAGCAUCACUGAAAUGUGCAUCAUGUGUCAUACCAGCUGAGAAAGUGCUUCUGUUCAAGUCACUUGAUUGUGGCGAAGAUAAUAAGUGCUGAUUAAGUUUGAAAAAGUUUGAAGGGUCAUAUGAUGCUUGGCAAGUACCAUCCAGAUGUGUUUAUGAAAAAUGAAACGGUGGAGGAGUGGUUUGAUCAUCACUUGAAACUAUUCCAAUGUGCUGAAACACUAUGGAAGCAAAAGGAUUAAGUAUGACAAGAAGAGAAAACCUGAUGGAGGAAGAGCUGCGUCGUCAUCACCACUACUCUCCCCUCAGGUGAGCAGCAGCAGCACAAGGAGGCUGCCGGGGCUCCACACAGCGCCCCAAGAGACCACCACCAAUCUGCUGCCUUGCUUCUUGCUUCCUUCACAAAACUGGUGUGUCAUUCACUCACUCUGCCUAUUUUAAUUUAUUUAUUUGCCAUUCAAGAUUAAAUUUUUUUUUAAUAAUUUUCCAAAAUAUUCCUCAACCUUAGACUAUGAGAAGGUUAACUUUUGUCAGUCAGCUCCUCAGUACUACUACUGGAGAAUCUCACACUCACACACACACACACACACACACACACACACACACACACACACACACACAUUGAUAUUAUAGUACAGAAUAUUCAGUGGUAUUGUGGUCAUCUUAGUUGAAUGACCACAUAGCAAGAAUAUUAACCCUUUCAGUACGGUGACGCUGAUGUCGGCGUCACCAUAUGGAAAGGGUUAAUAUUCUUCUAAACCUCUUAAUCCUCUUCCCAUUUCCUCUUAAUCCUCUUCUAAACCUCUUAAGAGGAAAUGGAAGAGGAUUAAGAGGUUUAGAAGAGGAUUAAUCCUCUUCCAUUUCCUCAACCCUUUCCAUACUGUGACGCUGACGUCUGCGUCACCGUAUUGAAAGGGUUAACUAGGUGGUAACAAGCUUGAAGUGUAUGUCUUAUGAGGGAAGGUUGAAGAUAUGAACAUUUCCAUACAAGGAGAAAGAUAGGACAGAGUUGAUCUCAUUAUAGUAUUCAAAAGAAUGAAGAGUUCUUGAGCAGGUGCAUGAUAGUCUAUUAAAUAAGAAAAGAGAAUGACUGGGAUUAGAAAAAUAAUGGUAUUCAACAGAUGUGACAAAGAUCCAUUAGCAUAUGGAAUAGUUUAAGAGUUGGUUUGUACAAUGAGUAUCCAUGGUCAUUACAAGAGAUUGGAUAGCAGCAAAUGAGGAGACAAUGACACGAUCAUAGCUCAAAUACUGUAUACCACAGCUAGGUAAAUACACCCACUCACGCACACCCACCCACACACUAUGUUUAGCACCUCAUGGUUAGCAGGUAGCCACGCAUUAUGUUAGCUUAUUACAGCUAUUAGUUCCUGUGAGCCUAACGUUGGGUUAUUCCUUGGCAUCCCUCCAUUCCCCAGUGGUGGAUAGUCUGGUCACCUCUUGUGUUGCCCACUGUUGGGGUGUGUCAGACCAACGCUUGUUUUCUAACACUUUGUUCUUGUCACUAUGGGAAAAAUAAUAAUCUGCAUUAGGGAGCAACUACUGCACAGAAUAUUGCAGUAAAUUAUUUUGUUGACAACACUUGUGAGAUCUUGAAUUUUCUUAAUUUAUUUUUGUUUGUAUUUUUCUUUACUAUUAGCUUUAAAUCAUAUUGGCAUUAUUUUAUUAUAAAAAAAAAACUAGAACUUUCAAUUGAGAGCAGUAUUCCAAAAUAGUGAAAUUUCCUUGCUAAAGGGAAGGAAGUAAAAUGUAACUUCACUGCUUGUGUCUUGGUGCUGGUGCUUUAGGGGAGGAGGAGAGGGAGGAGCUCUCUGGGCCCCUGUUGCUGAAUACAAGAGUUUCAAUACUUGAGGGACGUGUGCCCCUUCAGCCUUGCUAUAAGAAGAGGUGUAUAACCUUCACUUGUUUGUCUCAUAUUGUAAGGCAGUGCACUCAUAGUGUUUGGAAGAUGUUUCUAAUCUUUGAACAGGCUUGAAAGAUCUUUUAUCCAUCUGUUUAGUGUAAACCAGGUUAAUAUCAUCUCUCCUUCACUCUUUACUCUUCCUUUUAUGCUUGACAGAGGGUUGCAAGUGCAAUGACUAACACACACACACACACACACACACACACACACACACACUCCUCUGAGUGACAACCACUUAUACCGUACAAGGAAGUCUGGUCAAUCAGUCAGCCCUGCAUUUCCUUAUCUGGACUUAUAUAGACUGCUUUUCCUCUGCCUGAGUUAUGCACUUUAGUGUCUGGCCUCUCCCCCAGAAAGUUCCCAAUAACCUUCUCUGAACAGGUAUUAUAUCUGUGUGAUAUUUGUUUAGUGAAGAAUUUGCCUAUUUUCAUGGGAGUGUUAUCGCUCUGCAGCACGAGAAAGCUUCACUUGAUUAACUUCAACCCUUUGGAAUCAAUGCAGAAAUCUUUUAGGUGCUAACAAUUUCUUUUCCAAGGGUGUGAUAGGGUGUAGCAGAAUAGAGGGAUCUGAUGUGAACAUUAAAAAAUAAUUGUUUUGCUUGAAGCUACUUAUAUGAUUCACAUUUAGGGUUUAGGUGUGAAGGGUGAAGGAAAUGGCAGAACAAAAUAAAAAGGGGAAAUAUAUGAGGUGGAGGAAAGAAUAGCAGGAAAUGGGUUACACACACACAUGGCAAACAAGAAUUCUGUUGAUAGGAUUAUCUGAAAGAAUAAGUUCUUGGUACCUAAUAGAAGAUUGGAGACUUCCAGUUUGAGUAAGGAGUUCAGUAUUUCUAAAGCAGACUUUUUUAUUUUGUUUGUUUUACUGGAGAUCAUUUUUCAUUCAAGAUUUGUUUAUUUAUGUAUUUUUUUUUUUUUUAACAUUACAUACCAUUUUGUUUUCAAAUUGGUUAGUUAUGGUGAUAAAAUUUUCAGAAGUAUCAUGAGAGGUUUGAGACCAUGGUGUUGGAGAAUAAAAUUGUGAAGGUUUCUCUACAAAUAGAAGUUGGUCUCACUUUAUUGUUGAUGGGUGUGUAGUACUUACAUCUUUUUACAUGCUGAUGUGUCUUCUGUCAUGUAUGCUAAUGUGUCUUCUAAUGUAAGACUGGUAACUACAAGUUACUUAACCCAUUUUCCACUUCUUGUGAUGUUGAUUCCAAUUCAGAGUUCUCAGUGCCUCUAAACCAGGCAUAGAUUGUUUGCCCUCCAUCUCUCACUGUUCUUUCAGGAUGAAUUGAAUUACUAAAUAGUUUCUCUCUAGAUUAUUUCUACUUCACCAGCAGUCACAGAGCUUGAUAGAAGAGUGUCAGAGUUAGCUUUUUAUACCUGCAGAAUAUAGACCCUUCAACAAACCAUCAGGCACAGAGGUCAUUUACCUUUUCAGCUUUCCCUCCCUCCCCUUCAGUUCCUUCAGAUCUGCAAUGCUAUGAAUUUCAUGCGUGGGAAGCAAGGUUGCUGACACACUUGGUCAUCUCUGCCUUCAGACUUCACAUUUUUUGGACUGGUUACACACCCAACCCUACACACACACACACAGGCACUAGCACCACUGGUCAAGUGUUUCACCGCACUGUUUUGUCUUGGUAACAGUUGAUUAUGGUCUCUUCUCUCUAUUUGAAUACUUUGUUUAUAUACUAUUCCAAAGGGUGACAAAAACUCAUCAGGUCUGCAAAAGGUAGCCAGAAGUAUGAAGUCAUUUGGUUAUUAUUUUGUCUGUUGUAAAUAAUGUGCAGUGUUAAGAGUCUUGAAUAUCUCCCAAGUUUCCAUGAAGCAGAAUUUUUUCAUGCUUUUGUUUUCAUACAAAGUCUUCCACAUACGUUGAAUGGUAUAUGGGUAACACGUGAGCUGAGGGAUGAAAGUAUGUGUCAUCGUCACGUUCAUGAGUUAUACUUACUGUAAGUUCCAGUGGUAAUAAUUAUUUUUUCCAUUAUUUACGGCCAAGAUUGCGGCAGUUAUGAAAUGUGAUAACAGGAGGCUUUCAUGCCUUACCUACAGUCAGUCUCUUGUACCUGAUUUUAUUUCCCAACUGAAUGCUAAACAGUUGUACAGUAUUCACACAAGACUGGUAGCAUUGGCUGUGUUGCUCUGGUCUUCUUGUAGCAAAGAACUUUACUCAGUUCAGACCUAAAUGUCAUGGAAAUAAAUUUAGGUUUUUGCUUUUUUGUAAUAAACACUAUUGAAACAUUUAUUAUUAUUUUCUUAGCAGCUAGUUUUGGAAAUCAUUGACAUGCCAGCCUGUCAUUCUAUGGUAUAUAGUAUUAACUUAAGAGUUUAGGGUUUGCUAAGCCAAAGGAAAAUUUUGCUGCUGGCUCCUAUGGUGUGAGUCUUGUCUGAAUUAUUCAAUGGCAGUUCAGCCAAAGGAAAGCCCUAUUUCACUUGCUUUAUUUUCAUUCUUUUCUGUGACUUCCAGUUUUAGAAAUUUGUACAUGAAGAAGCUUUCAACUUUGGAUCCAUAAAGAAUUCCAAUGGGUUAUUUUCAUCCAUGAUAAAUGAGAAGCAAAUGUACGAACAAAGUGAUGGCCCGCAGAAGCCACUUACAGUGCAGACACUUCAGACAAAGUACUCCUAAUAAUAUGACAUGUUUAAUGGUUAAAGGACUUCCUCAGGGUGGUCUCUUAGCAUUGAGUGACUGUCUUGAGCAAUUACUCAGCAGUCAAGGAACGUUAAGAAGUGGUUGUAACAGGGUAGGAAGUACUACCAUUGCCACAUUACCAAAGAUACUAGCGAUAUAUAUAUAUCUAUAUUUUUGUUUUCCGGUAUUCUCUCAAUAAACUUAUAUUACUGCAGGUGAUUUUAAUGAGAACACAAGUGUUUGCAAGUGCUUGGUGAUGUAAGAAGCUUAUUGGUGUCUUUGGAAGCUUUUGUUAUCCUCCCAUAGUAUUUUAGUGUCUGAAAAAGAGACGGAGUAGACAGAGGGAGGCCACACAGUUAGGAGCAGUGAAGAGUCAAUCAUAUUUUUUCUGGAUGUGUCUUGGGGAUUGCCACUGAGUCAGCAGCAGUACCAGCAGCAGCAGCAGAAGCAGCAGCAACGGCAAGGGAUAUUGUGCUAGGCUCAUUACCUGACCAGAGGAAUAGCUGAUACAUCUACGUAUUAUCGAUGCAAGUUAAUAAGAAACAUUUUUACUGGGUUAUGUGAUUUAUUGAAAUUUUCCUGCUGAAUACACAGAUCACAGUGCUGUUCUGAAGGUAACAUUCAGCAGCAAAGUCUUAGUGGGCAUAUCACUUCACUAAGACUGAUACUAAGCAGUUACAAGUAAUACUUCUGUGCCAGAAUUUAACUGCACUGCAGUUUGCCAACUAGAAAGCACAUAAAGUAAUAACAUAUAUAUUCUUUUAGUGUGAAUGUUUUUUCCAUAAGGUCUGCAAGCUCUUCAGUUAAGCAAAAUUUGUACUUUGCUACUCAAAAAGAUUUAGACUAUAGCAUAUAAUGACAGGCACAAUUUUAUUUGCAGUAUUUCCUCCCCAUCUGCUACUCUAAUAUGUCUGAGCACAUCCAUAGGUAAUAGAAUAGCCAUCCAGACAUGGUAACUCUGACCAAGAUCUGUUAAGACAUAGCAGUUUGUACUUGUCUUUUGUUACUGACACACCAUAUAGGUAGUCUAGAUGAAGUGCUAACUCCAAGUACAUUUUCCAUAAAACUUAGGCUUUAAUGGAAUGGCCCUCAAGCAGGAAAUUGAAGUCUGUCUUAAAAUUCAUUUGUAAAAGUGUCACAUAUUCAGAGUUUCUACUUGCUCCUUGGGGGCCAGAAUGUCAUGCUGUGUAGCCUUACUCAACUCUCCGAGAGACUUCUGUAUGGUACUCACGCUGCUCUUGAAACUCGGUGGUCCGGCAAGAGUGCAACAAUGGUACAAGGUAUUUAUGUCAAAGUUAUUUUACCCCCAUAUCAUUAUAUAUAAGAAUAGUUUAGAUUCUUUUUAUACAGAUGUAUCGGUGAAUAACACUUGUAUGAUGUGAUAGUGCCAAUACAGUUGCAGCAACUUAGGAUGUCCUGUAAUGAAAGUCAAGCAGAUUUAUUUAGAGAUUUUUCAUUAUCAAGUAAUUUCCAUUUAUUGUGUUUUCAAAGUGUUUGGACGCUAGAACCUCUCGCUUGCCAGGCUUCUGGUCUGUGUUUAGUUCCUCACACCCAUUCAUUCCAUUCCUCGGUAUAGCCUUUUAAGACAUAGCCAAAGCAUUAUUAUUAUUAUUUUUUAUUAGAAUGACAGCUGGUCAGUAUGAAGAAAAUUACUGAACUUGAUGAGGUUUAUCGUUUCUGUACAGCUUUGGUUGGGUUCCCUGGUUUAGUUAAAAGGUCCAUAGGGGUAUCCCAAUGUUAAUUUAUCUUAGUACAUAUAUAUGAAAUCAUUAAAUAAACCUGGGUAUGAGAGAAAUUUCUGAAAUGAUUGCUAUAGUGAAUUUCAAUAGUGUUUAUUAAAUGUAAAGUUUUGUACAUAUACAAAAUAACUUAUGAUCUUUUGUGAAUGUAUAUUUGUAAACAUGACACCAAAUAAAAGAAAUCAUUGCUUUGGGUUUUGUGCAAGGUUCUCCUGAUUUACUGCCGUGAUGAGCUGCUGAUUACAUCAUGCUGAUUAUUAUCUUUUUUAUCACAUGAAACACACCUUCUUAUAGGUACUUCACUAUAUAUAAUUACCUGUUUUCUGUUAUUGAUUUUUAUAUUUAUUAUAGUGAUAGUUGUUUACCUGAGACAAAGUGAAUACAUUGAAUCUAUUUUCAGUAUUGAGGUAAUUUUACUCAGUAGGGUAACACAGGUACCCAGCAGCUGCUGCUGACUACUAUUCAUAUCAUCAUCAUCAUAAUAUGUUUUGAUUUUAAUUACAUUUGAUGCAAAUGAAUCAAAGAACAGUGCGUCUUUGCACUGCUUAAAGUAUACAACUAGCAUUUUCCUUGACACAGCAGUGUUGUGGGUGUAGGUAUGUGUAUGGCUUUUAACUUUGUGUGUAAAAUAUGGAAAUGUUCCAGCAGUAUAUGAGAAUUUUGGGGGUGCUUCGGUCCAUGCUGCCUCCUUCCUCAGCUCCCUUCCUUUCACUGGUUGUUACUAUUGUUGUUGUUGAACCGCCAGCUGUUCUUUUUAAGAGGUUUGCUUUCCUCGAGGGAGUGACACGCUUUCUUGGUCGACGCUAUUCUAAGUAAAUCAGGGUAUCUAUUCAGUUCCACUCAUAAUAUCGAUACGCGUGUGUGUCAGAGAUCGUGAAAGGGCAAAGACAGUAAUGGAGUCACUGGAGGGUCAGUCACAGUCGAGGCGUUGCCAGAGCGCGUGCACGAGUAGGGGCUGCUGAAGACCCUCCUGGUGGAGAAACUGCUGCAGGUCACCGCCGUCUGUGGAGGACCUCACCAACCGGUACUGCCGAUCGAAGAGUAGUUUCCGCAGCUCCUGUAGUAAGGUGCGUGGUGGCGGUCAGCGGCGUACCUGUUCCCGCGGUGGAGUUUGAAGCUUCAGCGGAGGGGUCUCCGGCUGGCCUGCAGAGGGUGUUCGUGGUGAAGAGAUCCGCUCAGUACCACACUGGACGGGGCUUCCCCUGCUCCUUCUCCGCCUACAGGUGCCCCUACCCUGAUAUCCCCGCCCUGUGCCGCGUGGACAACCCCUUCCCCUGCGACACAGACUUCGUUACCACCAACCUUUAGCUUAUGCCAGCGAGCCUCUGUGUGUGUGUGCCUAAGCCCUUCCUAUUCCCAGCAUGAAGUAUUGUGGUCCGUUUGGCGAUGCGAUGAAGUUGUAUUCUUGAUGGUUGUUGAGGGAGAAAAAAUGUGGUGGUAGUAGUAGUAGUAGUAGUAGUAGCAGAUGUUUUGGUAUAUGAAGAAAGUUAUGAAAAGGUUAAAGAAUCAUAUUGUAAUUGAAGGAGGAGGAGGAGGAGGAGGAGGAGGGCUGAAAUAUAUUAGAAAUGUUGUGUAAUGCCUAACACACAAUUAAAAGUGAUAGCUGAGAACGGAGACAGCAAAUAGGAAAGAUUUUAAUGGAUAGCAAAUACUCGCUCUCGGAACACUCUGUAUUAGUAGUAUUUAGAUUUUACUGUGAUAUCCUUUACGUGUGUGCAUGUAUUAUCUACUUUUCAUGUGUGUGAGUGUAGAUGUGUCAUUAACCACCGUAGACAAAGCCAAACCCUCUGCAUUAUUAACUGCUGCAUGUUGAUUAAUAAGACAGAGAACAAAGCAUAUGUUACCAAUGAGUAUAGACUUUUGUCCUAUAGUCAGUAGUAAUGUUAUAUUAUAUUAAACAAUAAAUGUACUAUGCA